GAUCCUAAUCCCUACAAAAUUUCGCAAACGAUAGCGGAAUUUUUUUCCGUCAUCUUUCUCCUCUGUACCCUAAUUUUUUUGAUUGGGGGGAAUGAUUGUUUUACCCUAAUCAAUUCGUCGACGUUAUUCCAUAUAAGAGCUACACUGCUUUGUCAUCGCUAAAUUAUGCCAUGGAAUGAGAUUGCAAGUUGCAAAAGCAACUAUGGCUGUUCGUUGCUCUUCGACUUCGCCUGCUUGGCGUGAGAGGUCGUUUUGAACGAGUAGCUAAACACCUCCUUGCCGUUCUUCUGUUGGAUCGGAAGUCACGACGACGACGGGAGCUUGCUUGUUGCGAAGGUAGCCAUCUUUCUUCCCUUCGCGCGCUUCUUCGUCCAAAUCCCGUAAAUCCGCCGAACUCCCGGAUUUAGUAAGAGGGAAACGGAGGAUUUAACUCGCUGUGAGAUUUAACAGUUCCCUAAAUCCUGUUUGGAAGGAUUUAGCAUAAAUCCUAAAGUUUCCGAGAACUGCUUGGGUCUCUAAAGCCGCAGAGAUGAGUCAUGGAACGAGGUGGUUGCAUCACCUCAGUAAGCUAAGCUCUGCUAAUAUCUCGUCUGGGUUGAUCGAGAAAGGGCAGAAUCGAGUAAUUGACGCUUCUCUCACGCUGAUUCGUGAGAGGGCCAAGCUCAAGGGAGAACUUCUCCGUGCUUUGGGUGGAGCAAAAGCUUCAGCAACACUUCUUGGAGUUCCACUUGGCCACAAUUCAUCUUUCUUGCAAGGCCCUGCCUUUGCGCCUCCUCGCAUUAGGGAGGCCAUAUGGUGUGGCAGCACUAAUUCUAGUACUGAAGAAGGCAAAGAACUAAAUGAUCCUCGUGUUUUAACUGAUGUUGGCGAUGUUCCUAUCCAAGAGAUUCGAGACUGUGGUGUAAAUGAUGACAAAUUAAUGAAUAUAAUUAGUGAAUCUGUCAAACUAGUGAUGGAAGAAGAACCACUUCACCCAUUAAUUUUAGGUGGUGAUCACUCUAUUUCAUAUCCUGUUGUUAGAGCUGUGUCAGAAAAGCUUGGCGGACCGAUAGACAUUCUUCAUCUUGAUGCCCAUCCUGAUAUCUACGAUGCAUUUGAAGGCAAUAAAUACUCCCACGCUUCUUCUUUUGCACGAAUAAUGGAAGGGGGUUAUGCUCGUCGACUACUACAGGUUGGGCUUAGAUCAAUUACUGCAGAAGGUCGCGAGCAAGGAAGAAGAUUUGGUGUGGAGCAGUAUGAAAUGCGCACAUUUUCAAGGGAUCGACAUGAGUUGGAAAAUCUGAAACUCGGUGAAGGAGUAAAGGGGGUUUACAUCUCCAUAGAUGUGGAUUGUCUUGAUCCAGCAUUUGCCCCCGGAGUUUCUCAUAUCGAACCAGGAGGCCUAUCGUUCCGUGAUGUCCUGAAUAUCCUCCACAAUCUGCAAGCUAACGUUGUAGCCGCUGACGUAGUAGAAUUCAAUCCCCAGCGAGAUACUGUCGACGGAAUGACUGCUAUGGUGGCUGCCAAGCUGGUGAGGGAGCUCACAGCUAAGAUUUCUAAAUAGAGCAGUCUUUCUAUAUCCAUUUUAGAUCAAAGAGAAGAUGUAAAAUUUAGAGAUAAAAAGAUGUACAUGUGCAGGUGGGGACUAUGGCUUUAUCUUUGUGUUUGUUCUUUAAGCAAAUUGGCUGAACAAUUGCAUGUGCAUAUGUUGCAGCACUGCUCCAACAGCAGCAAGGGCUCGUACUAUUGCCGUUCUAGUGCUUUAACAUACGUGAAGCCUGGAUAUAAUCAGACUCAUUAUAUGUAUAUUUGAGCUAAUUAAGGUAAACGCACAUUAAUUAAUAUGUGCUACUACAUA